AUGACCAAAUUUGAUAUUGCGAUUGUUUCCGACACCGCCUGCCCGUGGUGUUACGUUGGAAAGCAAAAGCUCGAGCAAGGAAUCACGGCAUACAAACAGCGACAUCCUGAUUCCAAUGAUACAUUCAGUAUCACAUGGCAUCCAUUUUACCUUGCUCCAGAAGCGCCUAAAACAGGUGUGGACAAACGAGCAUGGUACCUUGCUCGCUUUGGAGAAGAGAGGACGACAGCAGCUUUCAGCCGACUUGCCCAGAUUGGAAAAGAUGUUGGUAUCGAUUUUAGUUUUGAAGGAAAGACGGGAGCGACGAGAACUAGUCAUCGCCUGAUUCAAUUGGGAAAGACAAAGUCGCUCGCCAUGCAAACGAAAGUAGUGGAAUCAUUGUUCAAGUCGUAUUUCGAAGAAGAAGGCGAUAUCACUAGUCAUGAAGUGUUACGUAAUGCCGCAGUACGAGCUGGUUUGGACGAGAAGGAAGUCAAUGAAUGGUUGGAGAGUGAUAAGGGGGGGGAAGAGGUUGAUAGGGAGAUUGAAGAGGCGAGGAGGAAUUCGAUUAGCGGGGUACCGAAUUUCACUAUUCAGGGGAAAUAUGAGAUUGGGGGCGCCCAGGACUCUGCAGUAUUCUUGAGGUUGUUUGAGAAGAUCAAGGAGAUGGAGGAAUCGUCGAAAGCUUAG